UUAAUCAUCACGUGAUCUUUAGUUGUGGAAGAAAUGGCGGACGAUAAAGAUGUGGACGAAAAAACGAUUGCCGAAGACAUCGUUGUCACCAAGUAUAAAAUGGCAGGGGAGAUUGUUAAUAGGGUAUUAAAGCAAGUUAUCGAUAAGUGUGUGGCAGGAGCUUCAGUUAGAGAACUCUGUGAAUAUGGAGACCAACUUUUGACUGAUGAAACUAGCAAGGUAUUCAAGAAAGAAAAGGAACUUAAAAAGGGCAUUGCAUUUCCAACAUGUGUUUCUGUAAACAAUUGUAUUUGCCAUUAUUCACCUGUCCCCAGUGAACCCGACUACUUUCUUAAGAAAGAGGAUGUGGUUAAAGUUGAUCUUGGAGCCCACAUAGAUGGUUUCAUUGCCGUUGUAGCCCAUACAAUUGUAAUGGGAGCAGAAGCAGGAAAAAAAACUACCGGCAGGAAAGCUGAUGUUAUUCUAGCUGCUCAUUAUGCAUCCCAAGCUGCCUUGAGGUUAUUAAAACCAGGCAAUGAAACAUACACAAUCACUGAAUCCAUUCAAAAGGUGGCAGAGUCAUACAAAUGCAAACCUGUAGAAGGUAUGUUGAGUCAUCAAUUGAAGCAAUUUAGGAUUGAUGGAGAGAAGACCAUUAUUCAAAAUCCCAAUGAUGCUCAAAAGAAAGAGCAUGAGAAGUUUGAAUUGGAUACCCAUGAAGUUUAUGCCAUGGAUGUUCUUAUUAGUACUGGAGAAGGUGUGGGUAAAGAAACUGAAACAAGAGUUUCAAUCUACAAAAAAACUGAAGAAACCUAUCAGUUAAAAUUAAAAGCUUCUAGAGCUUUUUACACUGAACUGAGAGCUAAACAUGGAACCAUGCCCUUUAACUUGAGAUCUUUUGAAGAUUCUGCCAAGGCCAAGAUGGGAGUUGUGGAGUGUGUCAAAAAUAAACUUGUCGAGCCUUUUCAAGUUCUGUAUGAAAAAACAGGUGAAUUUGUGGCCCAUUUUAAGUUUACAGUGUUGUUGAUGCCCAAUGGGCCUCAUAAAAUUACUGGUUUGCCAUUAGAUGUUGACUUAUACCAAUCUGAGCAUUCUGUGACCGAUCCCGAUUUAAAAUCGAUAUUGAACAGUUCCGCCAACCCUAAGUCAGCUAAAAAGAAAAAAAAGAAGUCUGAAAGCGCUACUGAACAGCCAAUGGAAGUUGAAGCCGCGGCGUAAAGUGUAUAAUGAUUUGUCAAAAUUUUUACUAGCUACUCAACACAGAUAAAUACUAAAAUUCCUUAAAUUAGCAUCUGAUAAAUUAUGUAUUAUGUAGCUUAAUAAUUUCAGAUUCCACUCGGAAUAGAAUAGAGUGCUAUGCUUAUAGUACAAUCCUUGUUUUUUCUUUUUUAAAUCAUAUUUUCCUUAAUUAAUAUUUUUAAGUUUUGAUUAUUAUUUGCAUUGUUAACUUUACAUACUGAGUCUUUUUUACUUAUUUUUUUGUUAUCCUGAUUUUUGUAAUUGUAAAAUAGUUUUUUAAAUAAUUAAAAAUGUUUAUCAUGUAACAUUGUAUCUAAAUUUUAGAUUGCUGUAAAAAGCAAAUGACAAAUAAACUAUUUGGUAUUUUG